GAGGUGAAAGCUCCUUCUUUUGCCUCUGCCUUUUUUCUGGUUUGAGUUUCCCCUUCCUCAUGUCUCUCAGUGCCCUUGCGGCGAAGCGGGUGCGGCGUACGUGGGAGCCGGAGGAGAAGUCGUGGCACGAUGACGCCUUGGAGUUGCCGUGGGAGGAGGUGCAGCCGCCGCUGCACAAAGCCUCCGUCUUUGCUCUCAAGAACGUUUUCUUCUUCUCUCACGCGACGCCCGUCCAGGCUCUGACGCUUAAAGUGCUCACGCAGAAUGGAUCAAGUGGUGUGGUGGAGGCACCCACCGGCAGCGGCAAGACGCUCGCGUUUCUUCUCCCCAUUAUGGAGCGCUGCGUGCGCGCCUGCGAGGCGUACGUCGAGGCCCAUCAGCGGCCGCCGCUGUCGCGUAACAUUCUCGGUAUCAUCUUCUCCCCGUCUCGCACUCUGGCGGAGCAGACCUUCGUGGUGGGCCGCAACUUGGCCGCGCGAUACCCCUUCAACAUUCAGUUUGUGUUGUGCGACGGUGUCGUGCAGAAGCCUGCCGCGGUGAUGCAGCACCUGCGGCGCGGGGCACGAGGAGCGGGCACCGUUCUCGUUACCACGCCGAAAGAUUUCGAAGAGUUGCUGCCGCUGAUGAGAGGCGCGGAUAGCGCGUCGAGAGACUCCGUUGAUGACGAGCGGGCGGCGCUGCUGGCGCAGCAGGACGAGGCGACGCGCGAACGGUACUUCGCACGGCGAAAGAAAACGGCCGCAGGAAACGACGCCGCCGGGCGGGAGGGCGAGACCGUUCGCUUUUACUCUACGGCGGAGUGCCGCUUCUUCGUCGUGAUGGAUGAGGCGGACCUUCUCUACAACUCGCCCGACAUGCGUCAGACGGUGGAGGCGUUCGUGGAGAUGCAUCGUCAUCGCGGCGAGCAAAGACAGCCGGCGGAAACGGCGGUGAAGCCCCCAAAAGGCAAGAAAGGCGGAAGCUCUCGAAAGAACGCUGGGGAAGUGAAAGCGGGUGCAGUUCCCGCUCCAUCGACGCCACGAACGCACGGAACCGGCGUUUUCAUGGACUUCGCCUUCGUGGGUGCCACCGUGGCGACGUCGCCGCUGCUGCGAGACUACGCCGAGAGGGUGUGCGCGGAGUGCGGCACCACACUCCACACCCUUGCACUGCGUUCCAAUGACGACUUCAUUUCGCAACUGAGCAACCGCUACGUCGUGUGCGACGCCCCCAACUUUCUCCCCUACUUGGUGCAACUCAUGAACUUGCACGCCUCGAAGAAGCACUUUGUCUUCUUCAACAACUUCCGCGUGCUGCUCUUUGUUCAGCGCCUCUUCGCCGCCUUGUCGGAGGGGAAGCGACCGCUGCUGUACAUUCCGAAGGUGUACAUGAUGUACGAGGGCAUGACCGAAGGCACUCGCAUCGACCAGUACAACAAGUUCCUCACCCACGUCAGCCGCACCGAGGAGAAGCGCAAACCCAAGAAGGCGCUCUCGGAUGCGGAGAAGAAAAACCAAAUCUUCAGUGGUGGCUGGAAGCGCGAUGGGACGGUGAAUAUGGGAACGGGCGCCAUUCUGCUUUGCACCGACAUUGCCGCCUUUGGGCUUGACGUGCGCGACGUUGACUAUGUGUACCACUUCGAGCCGCCGUCCACCGUUCAGUCGUACAUUCACCGUGUGGGUCGUGUCGGCCGCAUGGGGAUGAAGGGCAGCAGCAUUCUGCUGCUACCCUGCAACGCCGAGUCGGACAGCAUGCAGAUCUCGCGUGAGCGCAAGACGGGCAGCACACGCUUUAACACGGUGACGAACACAAAGAAUUUGACCAGCGAGCUGCAGGCGCCACGAGUUACCUCCAAAUCUCUCCCUGAGGAGCGGCAGUCGUACCUGCAGGAGCUGAGCGAGCACAGUGCGCUGGAGGAGUACAACAUCCCCCCGUUCGCACCCAUCACAUCGACUCUGCGCAGCAUGAUCAUGAACGAUGAAAGGAUUCUCAAGGCGGCGAAGCGUGCGGCGAUUUCCAUGUGCGAGCCCACGCAUAACGGCGAGGAAUCAUCGUGGUUUACGCCGAAGCUGGCGAUGCGCACGCUCCUUCUUGACUGA